UAACAUCAUCACUGUAGCAAUGAUAGAAACUCUUCGAACAAUAGAAUAUUUCUUCAGUCAUCGUAAGAGUGAACACAGCUGAUCUUCACUCACAGAAACAACGAAAAGUCCAGAAAAGCACAACUACUGUAGGUUUGUCUGCACCUUCACUGCAGGUGAAUAACAACAUGUGAAACGGCAUUAACUCAGAUGGUACAAUACUGGAUCCAAUGGCUGAGAGGCUUCUGUGUUCAAUCUGUCUGGAAGUGUACAGUGAUCCAGUCUGCACUCCAUGUGGACACAACUUCUGUCAAAUCUGUCUGAAUACAUACUGGAACAACAGUCAAGACUGCAGAUGUCCAAACUGUAACAAAGAAUUCAAGCCGAGACCUGAUCUCAAGAUUAAUACAACACUCAGAGACGUUGUGGAUGAACAUAAGAAGAAAUGUCAUGAAGAACAAGCUGAAGUUGUGUGUGACAUCUGUAGUGAAGGAAAGCUGAAGGCUGUGAAGUCGUGUCUGGUGUGUCAGAGCUCUUACUGUGAAACUCACCUGGAGCCUCAUUUGAGAGUGUCAGGAUUACAGAAACACAAACGGAUUGAUCCUGUGAAGAAUCUGCAGGAUUAUAUAUGUCCGAAACAUGACAGACCUCUGGGACUUUUCUGUAGAGAUGAUCACACAUGUGUGUGUCUUAUCUGCACUGUGACGGAUCACAAGUAUCACAACACUGUUCCUUUAAGAGAGUCUGAGCUGCAGGAGAUGAUGAAGGAGAGGCAAAGAGGAGCAGAGACACACGAUGAAUAUGUCAUUAAAUAUCUGGAGCAGGAGAUCUCUGAACUGAAGAAGAGAAACAUUGAGCUGGAGUUGAUAGCAGAGAAUCAGAGAGCAGCAGAAACACAAGAUAAAUGUCUUAUUAAAGAUCUGAAGAAGGAAAUCACUCAACUGAAGAUGAGAAACAUUGAGCUGGAGAUGAAGAUAGAAAUGCAGAAAGCAUCAGAGAAAAAGUAUGAAGAUGUCAUUAAACAUCUGAAUCGGGAGAUCGCGGAGCUGAAGAAGAGAAACAUUGAACUGCUGGAGAUGAUGGAGGAGGAGCAGAGAGAAGCAGAGAAACAUGAUGAAGAUGUCAUUAAAGAUCUGAAGCAGGAGAUCACUGAACUAAAGAGCAGAAACCGUGAACUGGAGAUGAUAGCAGAGGAGCAGAGAGCAACAGAGAAACAGGAUAAACAUCUUAUUAAAGAUCUGGAGCGGGCAAUCAGUCAGAUAAAAUGGAGAAACAAUGAGCUGGAGAUGACAGGGGAAAACUGGAGAGCAGCAGAGAAACUGGAUAAAGAUCUUAUUAGAGAUCAGAAGAAGGAGAUCGCUGAGCUGAAGAUGAGAGACGCUGAGCUGGUGGUGGUGAAACAGAAGCAGAUAACAUCAGAGAAUGUCAUUAAAGUUCGAGAUCAGGAGAUCAUUGAGCUGAAGAAGAGAAACACUGAGCUGAAGAAGAGAGACGCUGAGCUGAAGAUGAGAGACACUGAGCUGAAGAUGAGAGACACUGAGCUGAAGAUGAGAGACGCUGAGCUGAAGAAGAGAGACGCUGAGCUGGUGAUGGAGAAACAGAAGCAGAUAACAUCAGAGAAUGUCAUUAAAGUUCUAGAUCAGGAGAUCACUGAGCUGAAGAAGAGAAACACUGAGCUGGUGAUGGUGAAGCAGAAGCAGAUCACAGCAGAGAAUGUCAUUAAAGUUCGAGAUCAGGAGAUCACUGAGCUGAAGAAGAGAAACACUGAGCAGCAGCAGAAGAUCUCAAACGCUGAAAAUAAUCUCCUCCUCUUACAGGAGAAACAUCAGAAAGACUUGAGUCGUCUGCAGAAUUCUUCAUCUGGGUGUUCUUGUAUGUUUUGGCUCCUGGUUGUUUCUGUGGGAGUUUUCCUGGGGUUAUUUGCAGCUGCAGUUCACAAAGACACACAACAGCGUGGAGCUGUGUUGAAGUGGAUGCAGCAGUAUGCAGUGGAUGUGACUCUGGAUCCUGACACAGCAAAUCCAUAUCUCAUUCUGUCUGAUGAUAAGAAACAAGUGAGACAUGGAGACACUCCACUUAAUCUUCCAAACUACUGGACGAGAUUUGAUAGAUAUUUUAAUGUCUUGGGAAAGGAGGGAUUCUCAUCAGGGGGAUUUUAUUUUGAGGUUCAGGUGACAGGAAAGACUGGUUGGUUCAUAGGAGUGGCCAGAGAAUCUGUUGACAGGAAGGGAGAUUUGGAAAUGACAGCAGUGAAUGGAUUCUGGACUGUACGGAUGAAGAGUGAAAAUGAUUAUGUAGCUUGUGUUGAUGCUGAUGUCUCUCUGUCUCUGAUUAUGAGUCCACAGAAGGUGGGUGUGUUUGUGGAUUAUAAGGCGGGUAAGGUCUCCUUUUAUGAUGCAGAGUGUGGAUAUCAUAUCUACUCUUUCUUUGGUCAAUAUUUCACUGGGAAACUUUUCCCAGUUUUUAACCCAUGUGGUAAUGGUGAAGGUAGAAACUCAAAGCCAUUGAUCAUCACACCUAUCAAAGAAAUGACACAUGACAUUAGUUCAAUAGUCAACAUUAAGUUUGUUAAAAUGUGUAAAUGCAUGAAAAAAAGUAUUUUCUAUUAAUUUUUCAAAUAAUU